AUGAACCCAGAAGUGAUCGUCAUGUUGGAAUCCCUUCGCCAGGAGUUCCUCAACAACCUGACUCCAAACGCCAAAGAAGAAGGGAAGAAGUUCAUCGACGGAAUAGCGUCCCUCGCCCCUGACUUCGUAUGGCCAUUUGAGGUUUUGGCCCCUGUAACACCGUCAGAACCACAUCCAAUUGAACGAUACAGCAAGGAAGAACUAGACGAGAUCACCAGAAACGCCCAGGAGAGAACCGACCGUUUGAAAGCAGCUGCUGUCCACGACGCUAUUGUAGAGAGUAAGAAAGGAGAAGCCGAGAGCCCAGUAGUCGAACCAAAACUUGGUCGAUUUGUUAGCUGGGUAGACAGCUACACUUAUAGCCAAACAAAGAAAGAAGCAAAAAUGAUCAUAAAAGCUACAGAGAAUAAGAAAGAGCAAUAA